AUGAAGCCGUCUUCGUGGAGGAGGCCAGCAGGCCACGCCACCCGCCUCUACGGUUCUGCCCUUGUCUCGCGUCCACUUUCUCUGUCGAAAGCCACGUUUGCUCAGGAAUUACAGAGAGUCUCUCGAGUAGAGAGACGAACUCGUGGAACAACCACCAGCCUCUCUAACGUCCGGUCAGCCGUCGAACAGAAACGCGACACAGAUGGACUACGACUUCGCAACUGCUCUCGGUUUUUCCGGAGAGCCUACCACAAGCAACCUAGACGAGAUGCCAACCCACCUGUCGCUUCCGUGCCGCCCCCGGCGUCCCCCGCUCCUCCAUUGUCCUAUCCUCCGAGUGACGAAGAGGAUGCAGCAUGCCUGUCGAUUUUCGAGCGCAUCUACCGCGCCAAGUCUCACCCCAGUCCGUCGGCCUCUGUGGGGGACGCUUCGGCCUCUUCCCUUCUCUCCUCGUCUCGCUGUGUAGGUGACGCCGCCGCCUCGGUCGAUGUGGAGAUCGAGGUCGAAGAAGAUGCGGGCAGGCUCCCGAACGCAGACUGCGAAUCGGACGGCCUGCCCGCCUCACUCCCGAGCGUUGACGGGCUGCAUCCAACUCGCCGUUCUCCGGUUUCCUCCUCUUCUUCGGUCUCUGCCUCUUCUCCGCCUUCGGCAAAUUCUCCGGUUCCCCCUUUGACAUCUUCUCCGUCUUCGGGUGGUUCUCAUCGGCCUGUGCCUCGCCGUCUGUCGAAGCUUUCUUGUCACGUUUUGGUCUGCAUGCUGGCGGACUUGGCGCGGUCGGGUGUCCGUACACGGGAGGCCUGGCAGCCGCUGCUUCUGCUACUCCUUCAGUCGCUUCCUCGGCUGUCUGCCCAGCAGAUUCAGCAGACUGUGUUAGCUCUCAGUCAGGCAGGCCUCUGUGCCCCCGUCGUUCUUCAGGGACUCUCAGAGGCACUUUAUUGGAAGUGCGAGCAGAAGAAGGCCUUACCAGACAACCUGGUUUUGCUCCUGGAUGCCCUCCGCCGCCUCCGAUACUGCCCCUCCACCCGCCACUUGAACAAAUACAUUGAGAGAAUGAAGGACGGAAGGAAGAAGCUGACAGUUUCUCACUGCCUGAAGCUUCUUCGGUUUUUUGCCGAGGCGGGAGUGGACGCAGGCGAUCUGAAGUACCCUGAGUUCUACUGGGGACUGUACGCGCGCUUGACUAGCGGAUUUUCUUCUCUUCAUCCCGCUGAGGUCGCUGCCACAGCACAGCUGCUCGCCCAGCUGGGCGUCCGAGAUAGUCAGUUCUUCGAUCACCUCUGCCGCGCCCUCUACAACCGCAGCGCGGAUAUUGUGAACACGAACGUCGCUGUGGCAAGCCGGGUCGAUGAAGCACUUGAGGCAUCUCGUUCGUCUCCGGGCCUUCCUCUUUCGCCUAUCGUUGAGGUCCUCCGCUCGCGACGGGCCUAUGGUCAUGGCCUUCUUUCGUCUUCCCCGUCUCUACCUUCUUCCUCUCCUUCCUCUCCUUCCUCUCCUUCCUCUUCCUCUCUUUCGGCUGCCUCUCUUUCUGCUUCCUCUACUUCUUCUGCGUCUUCGCUUGCUUUUGGAUCUCCUGUUUCGCGGGUGUCGCCUCUCGCUGAGGGUUCCAGACAGACCCAGUGGUCUCAGACCGUGCUGGGCGCUGCUGCCUUCGAGGCGCGACCGGGGCGCGGCGCAGACGAGGCGAAGCCGAUUUCGGAGAGCGACCAGUUUUUCUCCGCGCUCGUUCACUUGGGCCGCACACUUCUCCACAUCAAGACAGAGAAUCCUCCAGUGCAUUUCUGGCUGGCGAUGAAGCAUCAUCUCGAGCACCACUGGCUGUCGCUUCGGCCGGAGCACACUGUCUUCACUCUUUCAUUCCUCGCUCGCUAUCACCACCGCGACACUUCGCUGUUGAAUAAACUCGGAUUGGCCGUGGAAAGAAAUCUACUUUCCUUCUCCCCCAAUGAGCUAGCGAGCAUUUUGUUUUCCUUUUCCUCGCUUGCUUAUCGCCAUCGGACGCUGCACGCGACACUCGCCUUUCGUCUCCUUCAAGGCUCUGCGUCCCCAGAUCUCGGAUGCCUCGACGACGUCUUCCUUCAUUCCGUGUCGCCGUUAGUACGCCUCCCAGGUCGUCCGAAGAGGGCACAGACUCGGCCAACGCUGCCCGAAGGAUCACUGCCUUUUCCGUUCCUCAGUGGCAAUCACGGUGAGGGGGUGAACGAGCCGGUUCCCGACAGACUGUCAUCUACGCCUUCUUUGUCUCGUCACGGAUCGUUGCCGUUUUCUAUCGUCACGCCGCUGCUGGCACAACCACCCUGUCUCUCGCCGUCUUCACAGCCGGCGGCGGGGACGAGCGACUCUGUUUCCCCGGUGUCGCCCGGUGCCUGCAAGCUGGCAAGCCCCAGGGGGGCAGAGAGGGAGGCAGGAAGGGAGGUCUUAGAGGCCGAGAGACAGGGACAUCUGGUGUGGAUGAGUAAGGGAGGCGAGGGCAACACACAUGAGUUCGUAAAUGAAACAGAAAGUUCCAGUCGGACGCGCGUUUCUCUCAUGGACCCCAAGGGCGAAGGGGUAGGCGGCGACAGCACCUCCGAGGCCGGGCGUCACCAGACUGGUAGUGACACGCGCAGGGUCAGGGACUCCGAGUCUCCGUCUUCGCCGUUUCUUUCUUACGAGUCUGUCUGGAACAAUUCCGCCUUUAACGCCGGAGAACGAGGAGGCCAGAGGAAGGCAUCCGAUGGCCAAGCUCAACCGCUAGCGGCAGACGCCCAUAUGCCGCCACCGAUGUUUUUUAGCGUCGAUGGGAGGUCGACUGACAGGACGGUAAGAAAGCUGGGAGGCAGCGGAUCGACUGUGCAGCUCCUGCCAGAGAGCCGAGGACGACACGAUGUGCACAACGAAGGUUUUACGGGUGCAUGGUCACGAGACGAGGAAAGAUGUGUGACACGGGCAGGACAGAAUUUCGAUUCUCCGCGAUGGGUGGAGGGACGCGAGGCGUCGGCGCCUCUGGCUAUUCGGGAGACAGAGACGGGCGCGUCGUGGUCCGGUACAAGCGAGAGCAAGGAAGCGGGAGAUGGUGCACGCGAUGGUCGAGGUCAAAGUGACAACAGCCUGGCGUGGUUUAAUGGAGAGGUGGAGAGCAGACAGAUUUCGCUGAAGAUGCCGCGGCCUGCCUCGUUCGUGCCCCGUCGUAUUGAGCCUGCCGUCGCUGCCGCUAUGCUUGAUGCAUGCGUGGAACUGAAGUAUCGAGAUCGACUCUUCCUCGCAUGUCUUACCGCCUCGCUUAAGGUUGCUGUUGAAGAGACGGGCGUCCACAGUUUCGGCACCUUCGUGCAAACGAACGGUAUCGUCAGUGCUCCCCAACCUCGGUUUGGUCUACGUGAAGGGGCUCGGGUGGCGGGAGAUCUGCCCGCAGCUGGAGGCGCCUCCCAGGCCGAGGCCACUUGGAGCGAGACCACCUGUCAACGCGUUUACGGAGGUGGCGCCGAUGGCCGGGGUCUACGGGCGCCAGUUGGGCUCCAUGAAGUUGCAAGCAAGAUGGUAUGGACUCCAGACACACCGAACGCAGAUGUCACCCUCGAUGGAGGAAGCGAUUUGCGGGCCUUGCGCCUGCAGGCCGCCGGACGUUUGUGCACUGAUGAAGGGAGACCGGAGACAUCGAGCACAACCCCGACAUCGUCUACGAUGCCAGCGAGACAUCAAACACGCUACACGAAAACAUCGGUGUCUCCUGAGUCCUCAUCGUCGCGUGACGUUUCGCACAAACAUGCGUCACCUUCCGCCGUUGAGGCGACAUCUCCUCAGGCCCCCCAAGAAGACACCUUCAUGUUUUUGAGUGAGUUUGACCCCUCACAGAUCGACUCGGGUCGGCCUUCUCCACAAGCCAAAGAGGCAGAUAGCGCAGACUCGCAUUGUGCGGGAGAGGGCCGACGAUUGGGAGAGGCUACAAAAGGCUGCGAGGCCUCCACAAGCGAUUCAGGAGAUAAGCCUUCUGCGGGUGACUCUUUGUCUCCGUCUCUGGCCGCUGGAGCCUCCCUUGCGCGACCGUCGUCAUCUCGCUCUGUCACGUCUUCGGCGCUUUUCCCGUCGUCGACCUCAGGCGUCAUGCGCUUCCGAUACACGAGGCACUUCUUCGAACUUCUGCGUCGUGCGGCGCUCCGUCAGGGCGCGCGCAGGUCCGCCGAUGACUGGUCGCUCCUGUCCAAAUUGGAUGUCUCUCCGCCUGAGGAUCGCGGCAUCGCAGACGGCCGACAGACGGGCCGCCAGCUGCCGCGCGCGCCUUCACAAGAGGGAGGCGAGCAACUCGAAGCAGCCUGUGAAGGGACAGGCGGAGUCCUUCUUGCAAGUCGACUCCGCAAAUCCACGAAGGGCGUCGUCGGCAGGUGCGCAUCCUUUAUUCCUGCCGAUGCGUCAAUCGAACGCAGAAUCCACCCAGACCAGCUUCGUCGACGCUUCUGGGAUCGCCUGUUUGAGACCACAGGCCAUCCGGCGAAGAGGCGCCUCUACCACCGUCGUCUGUUUCUCGCCGCAUGCGAGCUUCGGUUCCAGGCCCUGCCGUCGCGCCCGCUCCGAUUGAGUCCCGUAGGUUUGAGCGGCCAGGGGAGACAGACCGAAGUCCAGCCAGACGAAGACGAGGCCUCCGUCUCUGGACGAGACGCUCUGCCAGAAAAACCGAGCAACGCGAAGACAAAGGCAGGUCUUGCUUCAGAGAGACCUGGGGGAGAGUCUGAAGGCGACGUGGAGAGCGUCGAGGGGCGUGAGCAGCUGGAAGGCACGUCCUGUGUGCCGUUCAGAGACUGUGGAGUCUUGGGAAGAAGACAACGACAGAGACAGCGAGCAGCGAGUGUCCAGCGACCCAAGGGGAGAAAGGGGAAGUCGGCGGCUUCAAGCUGUCCAGAAGACAACGCAUUUCGAGAUGCUCAGACGGUCCGGAACGCAAUGCGGCGUUGGAGUCUCUUGCGCCGUGCCUUUUUGGAGCCUUACGAAGACCAUGCCCGCGCUCUUCAGGUGGCGUUGUGCCGGCAAAAACUGUCGGAGAGGUCCGGCAAACUGCCACCAGGCUUUCCCCAAGAAGCCGGCGAGACGGAAUACACGUCUCUAGGGACUUCGCCGAGCACACGCGAGCCCGCAAACUCACUGCGUCCCACCCGAGGCGACGCGGGCAGCGAAACGGCGAGACACCCCGCGGCGUCGCAUUCAGGGGCAACGUCUUCGUGUGCAGCCCCCGGCCUGAGUCUCUUGUUUCUCCCUCGACCUCACGAUGGCCACCCGCCUUCCCGACUGCCUUUCUUGGUCGACACGGUUCAGCUGUUGCCGGCCAAGCGUCUGUUCGAGGGCCAUGGCACCCACGCACGAGUGAGGAGAGGCGUCUUCCUUGCGGAGUCUCGACUCGCCCACAUGCAAGCUCGUAUUCUCCGGGACAACGCGCGGAGCCGCGACCGUGUGACGCGCCACAGGAUGGGGGGUGACGACCAGUACGCCUCUGUGAAGAAGCUAGAUGAAGCGUUGCAGCGACGCCAGAACUUCGGCCCGAGAGCGAGCAUUCUUCUGGCACAUGCAGAGACAACGAACGAAACUGGGAAGGACCCUUCGAGGUUCCCCCUUCCGGGUUUAGACGAGUUGUGCGCUGCUAACGUGACACCGCCGCGCGGUCACAUGCGUGCAUCUGUGUCGGCUGAGGAUGCCUCGUUCGUCAAAGUACCCUUCGCGACUGUUCGUGACAGACAACAGACAUACAUGCCCUCGGAAGAUUCGCUGGCUUGCACAGCUCAUGAAGCAGGCGCCGUUGCGUUGCCUCGUCGUGCGCCGUGUGCAGCUGGGAGCAACGACGACGCAGUAGAGAAUGGCAUGGAUGAAGCCAGCAAGGCGAGGCAGAAAAACGUGCCUCUGACUCUCAGGUCGAUCCGACCCCUAUGUCCGUUGGUUCGCGAGGUUGCAUGCGCGCUUGAAGCCUCGGUUCGCCUGCAUUUCCUUCCUCCCGGUCUCUUGACAGCUUUCGCUUCACACCUUCUCCACAUAGUCACCAACGUGUCUGCGGUCAUCUGCUCGCCUUCGCUCGUGGGCGUGGAGGCGCCCCGCAGACCGAGGCAUCCAGCAGCGGAACUACAGCAGAGCGAGAAGGCACUCCAGGCUGGAGACGAAGCGUCGCAUGCGGUCGAAGAAGAAGGGCACCGGCGGGUGAGAGUUCAGACUAAGACUGUUUUCGUCGAACUCAGCAAUCUUCUUAGAUGCCUCACCCGAGCGGCCGACGCCGCUUGCUGCGUGCCUGGCACCGCCGCCGCAGACGCCGAGAACGAAAAUGGAAACGAAGAGGAAGCCGAACACCACAAAGCAGACGCAAGACCGAGGGACGUGAAGCCAUUUCCAGAAGAGCAACAACGGGUGUGGAAAAUUCUCGAGAAAUGCUUCAGAGCGGCGGCGUUCGAGGCUCUCUGGAACCCUGAAGCAACUUUUAACGCCUCUAGUCGUCAUCAAGGCGCCUCGCCGCCAGAUUCGGUGCCUUUCGUCAGUGGCCUCCAACGCUCGGACGCCUCUGUGGCGGCUGCCCCAUCUGACCCUGCCCUUCUCCUUCAUAGUCUGCGGGUAUACACUCGUCUGGCUCAUCAACUGACUUUCUCAUCCGGGGCAUCCUUUUUGUCUGCCGACUGCGGUGGCCGGGAACAGAAAACGAAACUCUGUUUCCCAACGGAGGACGCAACCCUGUAUUCGCGGCUUGUCGACCGGCCGCCUCGUCCUGCGCCCUCCUGUCUCGUAAGUGUGCCAGGCGUCUCUGGACGAAACACAUGCGAAGACGGAAAUCGGAACAGAACCUCUCCUUUGUUCCUCUCACACGGCGAAUGGGGGCGGACCCUCCUAGAUUUCAUUGGAGGCCGUCUCGGGCACUCGGGAGCCUCCCAGAGAGAGAAGGAGACGGGACGGCUCCCCGCGAGAGCGCACAGAGACAGUGGAGACAAUACCGCCUCGUCCGACAAGGGCAACGGGGUGAGCCAGGCGUCGAGCAUCGCCGGUGAGCCUGGGGUACGUGGAGUGGACAGCAAGAGAGAAAGGCGGCAGGCAGUGGCAAAUGCAGAGAAAGACUCACAGAGGCGCCCGAUAGCCCAGAGUCUCGGGAUUAGGGAGCUUACUCAGAUUUUGAACGAUCUGUCAAGGUUACGGCCUCUCCUCAUGGUUGACAGCAAGGAGGUGGACGGUGACAGUGAUCGUCUCUGGCAGGCACUCCACGCAGAGACGAAGUGUCGGCUUCUUUCGGCCUUACGCAACGACGGAGCGAAGCACGCUAUUCUCAACCGCUCGUCGCAAGGAACGACUGAGCCUUCGGCCGUCGCUCGUUCUUCGGGGGACUUCCAUCGACGGGAUCUUUUGAAUGGCCUCGUAGCCUUGUGCGUGGAUGCGCUGCCGCCCCGUUUCCACUUUGACGAAGAAUUAACAAGCGUUCAGAAUCGCCGCCUCGCGUCUUCUCUUCCAGCCUAUCGCCGCUUCCAUCCUGGGCUCUCCAGGUCUUCGAACGAGGCCGGGGAUUGCAGCGCAGAUGAAGCGAUAACGGCACAUCAAGGCACUGCCGCAGGAGACACAGCAAGUGACCCGCAAGACGCAGGCGUCUGUAGCCACCUGCGUGCACCGCAACCGAGGGAUGAGCGCACUGAAAAACCUACAAGUAUUUGCAAUGAGGAGCAGCUCUUCGGGCAGACUGUUCGCAAGCUGGCGCGACGAUCCGCUGUACCUACGCGCCUCCUGUUGAGGGCCGUUCACCGUGAGCUCACGAGGCAGGGAAGGUGGGAGGCAGCGACAUUUGUUCAGCAGGUCGCCCCGCCUUGUUGA